AUGUUUAAUGGUGGAUUCGUUUGUAUACACCUCAAGGACCUGCAGCAGCGAAUGCCGCAGCAGUGCCUUCAGCAGAAGCAGCAUCCAGGGCAGCAGCAACAGCGGCGGUUCGCCAAGAUAGUGCGGUGGGACCCAGACACCCCACUGGUCUACGGUCUAGAGACGUUUCGGGAAGCGGAGGACUUCUUCAAGGCAUGCGAGCAGCACAAAGGAAAGAUGAAGCGGAGGGAUUGGAUGGCUGCCUUGUCUUUGGUGUCUACUCGGCGUCGACUGGACUUUCGCAGCCCGUCAUUCAGGGCCUUUGUUGCUGCUGCUCUGCAGCAGCAGGAGUUGCUACAGGCGCCACACAUACACCUCACGAUUCACCGGCUUGGAGUAGUUGGGUAUGGCCCCGCUCUUUGGCAACUGGCGCUUCACCUGCAGCCACUGCUGCAGCAGCAGCAACUAAGCAGCAAGCAACUCGCUGUAUGUGCGUGGGGCAUGGCGAAGAAUGUGGUUAAGUGUGGGACUGCAGGAGCAGAGGCACUUCGACUGGCGAGAGGACUCUGCCUGACGGACCUGUCGAUGAUUCUGUGGGCAUUUGCCCGUGUAGAGCGCCUAAAACCCUCUGAGAUUUUGGUUCUCAAAGAGGAGGUUCUCAACCGCCUUGGCACCUUCGUUAGAAAAACGCUUGCUGCAGCAGCUACGCCAGACUUGGGGGCGGCAGCCGCAGUAGCAACUGCCGCUACUGCUGCUGCUGCUGCUCCUCCAGCUGCUGCUCAGCUGACGCAGCGACAUGAAGAUGGAUCCCAGCGUCUGGGAGUGACGACGCAUGCAAAGGCAAUAACGAGUGAACUGGGUGACGCUGCUGGUGCUGCAGUUGCAGUGACAGCGCACGACCUGUGCAUGCUAAUACGAUCAUUUGCCGAUCUCACUCCCGGCGACUCUGCCCUGAUCAUUCGUCUACUGUACACCCUCCUUCUGGUCUGCCGCGUUCCGGCUUCAGUCCAGGCAGCAGCAGCGGCAGCAGCAGACACAGCGAGUGCAGCAACAGGAGAAGAAGGACAACUCAGGGAGGUGGAAGCCUCUGCUGCCUUUGGUGCUUCAGCCCCACUAACUGCUCAGGGUCUCACUGCUGUUUGGACAGCUUUGAAAGACGCAAAAAUCACAGAGGUCUUUUCUCUGCCUCAGCACAAGAGACCGUGCAGCAGCAGCAGCAGCAGUAGCAGCAGCAGACACCGCGCCUAUCUGCCGUUUAGAGAGACUGUCCCUCUCGAUUGUCUGCCUCUGCUUCUCCCUAUCCUGAAGCCAGCCCAAGUGUUUCCACGAGUAGACCCACAGGCAGCGUUAUCUGAAACGAUGCCACCAGCGACCAGGGUAGAAGCACGAGCAGCGCCACAAGGAGUAGCAACUGAUGUUCCGCAUGCUACACGAAUAGAAGCUGUUGGACCUACCACAGCACGGGCCUUGGAUUCGGCAGGGACGGAGCCCCAUCCUUACGCUGUUGCGGCAUCCUCUACACCAGCAGCAACGGCCGCUGCUGUAGAGGAGGGGCUUAGGAGCAACGCGCUGCUGCACAGCGCCUGUACGGACGUCCUGCUGGAGGUGUUGUGUGAGGAAACGCGCGCACUGCGCCUUGACCACACCACCAACACCAGCAUGGUUGCCUCCUUGGCGGAGGCUCUGGCUGACAUGCAGCUUGUUGACCCCCGCUUGGUGUACCAGCUGGUGCUCUUUGCACACCAACGGGGGGCUGCGCAGUUUCAGGGAGAGCAGUUGCUCAAGGUCCUUGAGGCUUUCGAAGGCUGUCAAAUCGCUGACAGCAAGGCGUGGGCCAGACUCGCGCACCGAGCACAAGACGUGGUAGCGGACUUGGAUUUGAAGGGACUGAAGAGACUGAGACAGCUGGCGAGGCGUUCAGGAUACAGCAACGCGAGGCUGGAAGGAGUUUUUGACCACUUCGAAGCCCUCAAGGAAGGUGUCCAGCGCUGCGGUCCCCUCUAG